AAAAUGUGCAGCGAUUCCAAUCUGUCCAAGCUUCACCGUCUGAUCAACGAUGCUCUCCGGCAGUUCACAGAAGCGGAUGACGUUUCAGUGACGAAAGAGAGAGAAAUUCUGGUGACACUCUCUCAGGUUCUUCGGAAAGUGAAGCUCCGGAUUGAAGAAGUUGAUUUCGACACUGAUAAUGGAGUGGUGGUUGGAUUGGAUUGUGAGAAUGACUGUGUGUCUCUCAGUAAAAUCUUAACUCACUUGAUUGUUUUGCUAACUGUGGAGAGCAGAUAUGUGAAGCAUCUGGCCUGCAAUGUUCUAGCUGUUGUAUCCGAAUUCGUGGCUACUUCUGGAAGCCACUGGGAGGACUUUAUUCGUUUGUUGUGUGAUUGUUUGGAUUUAGCAAUCACAGCGGCGAUUUCGUGCUCUAGGACAAAUUUGGCAACUGGAGCUAGUGAUGUUAGUUCUAGUACGUCGAGUUUGAUUCUUGUGGUGAAAGUUAAGCUGAAAAAUGGUGACUGGUCUGUAGCAGCUGGUGUUGUUAGGGUGCUACGUGAUAUACUGAAGUAUUUGAAGUCUGAGGAUGAUGAGGAACUUGUGGAAGUGUUUGUUGAGUGUGUUAAUUCUUUUCUUUCAACUGUGCCUUGGGAUUUAUUGAAUGAGAUUCAUGUCAGUCUGAAUGGUGAUGCGCUGAAAAGCUCCAGGGCAGAUGUUUUAUUCCAAAGAACCUUGUUUCUAGGAAACUUGAUUCAGUUUCUCUGUUCUUUGGUUGAGCAAGGUGGUGUUAUCGAUGCUGCAGGUGGAUCUCUAGACAAGCAUCAUCCAGUUUUCUCAACAAUCAUCAACCUUGUGCCUAAGCUUUUAUGUUUGUGCGUUGGGGAGCAAGUGGAUGGUGUCGUCUCUAACAACCGCAUCUCUCAGUACUUCAAACAUAAGUUAUUGGUGCUAUUGAUCAGGCUUAUUGUCCAAGCUUGUCCAGAAUCAACAAUUCUUGUUUUAUGGUUGCAAUUUAUCCAUUGUUACUUCGAAGAGCUCCUGCGGCAACCAAUGUCUACCCUGGAGUGUAAUCAGGAAGAUUGUUUGGAAGGCUCUCCGUUUCUUUCCAGUGUUUCUGAUUCAGAAGUAAAUUGUCUGUCUUCUCCCCAUCUGCAAAGGCAGGCUGUAUUUCUUUUUCUGAGGUGUUCUUUUAGUUUGAUUAACUCAAAAGGAAGCACUAACAGAAAAUGUGCUUGUGCAAGUUGGAACUUAUGCUUGGACUAUGACUCAAAUGCAGAGUUGCAGUGUUGUGAAAGAAAGAAAGGACUGUUGGAGCUAUAUAACUGGCUUCAAGGACAUCUUCUGACAGAUAUGUUAGUGGACCAUGAAACAUACAUUGAAAAAUGUACAGACUUUGCCAAAUCCUUCCUCCAACUAUACAUCAAAGAGGAUGAUGUAUUGUUCAAAGUGCUCUUGCAAUUGCUUUCUGUACCUUUUUCUGCUGAGAAACAGUUUGAAAAGGAAAAAGGAUCUUUUCAGGAUUCAAAGGGCAAUGUGCUUUUCGUUGUCUCAGAUCUCUUCAAUCCUGUACUCUUAUUCCAUCUAUUUCUUCUAGAGUUAAGCUAUGACCAUCAGGUGCUACUUGAUUACCUUAUUUCAAAAGAUACUGGAAUCAUUUGUGCAGAAUAUCUUCUAAGGUGCUUGCGUAAAGUGUGUGAUUCAUGGAGCUUAUUUGUAAAAUUUCCACUGAGUGAACAAGCUAUAAAUCAGUCAUCUUGCAAGAAAAGAAAAGUUUCAUUGAAUGGAUCGAGUUUCUGUGAUGGAGAUUUGUGUGCACCAGUGGAAGACUCUGGAGGUUCAUUCCUUAAAGAUGAAUGUGAUGAUGAAAACAAAUAUGAUUGCAAGCACAGACGAGAGAAUUUCCAAGAAGCCAAAGAGUGCUUACUUUCUUUGAAAACUUCGAUAGAAAGUCUCCACCAAAAGAAUCUCUUUCCCUACAAUCCUAAUGCUCUUCUGAACCGCUUAAUGAGAUUUCAGGAACUCUGUUUUGAGGAAGAAAAAUAGACUCAUACAAGACUGUGGGGACUUUGGAUUACCUCCCUGCAUAAAGUUUUGCAGAUCUCAUUUAUUCCUUUGAAGUGGAAGUCAUAAGAGGAGGUCCUGCCAACCAGUGAGGCCUAGUCUAAAGGUUAUAUGUGAAGAGUUACAUAACUGCGAAUCAGAAGGACAAUGCUGGUAAGAUAACUCAAUAUUAUCACGACUCUACGGCGACAUAUAGUAAUUGCAUUUAUUGAAUGAAUGUGGAUCAGUGACCAUGGAAAAUUCUG